CUUCCUUUCUUCUCCAACUUAUAUCAUAUUAUCAAACACAUAUUCAUAGUUCAUACGUUAACAUCUCAAGUUUAUACGAGAAAUGCGAGCAGAUACAUGCAGUGGCAGAGACAUGGGAAAAUGGAGAGUUAUGCUCUGGGCCGUUCUGGUUUCUCAUACUUUGAUUGAGUUUGUUGGGGCGGAAGAUCCUUACAGAUUUUUCGACUGGACCAUCACAUAUGGUGACAUUUAUCCAAUGGGUGUUAAGCAAAGGGGUAUCCUUAUAAAUGGACAAUUUCCUGGACCUGAUAUUGAGUGUGUUACCAAUGACAACCUUAUUAUCAAUGUACAUAAUAACUUGCCUGAACCGUUUCUCUUGUCCUGGAACGGGCUUCAACAAAGGAGAAACUCUUUCGAAGACGGAGUCUAUGGAACGACAUGUCCCAUACCUCCAGGGAAGAACUUUACAUACAUAAUGCAGGCCAAGGAUCAGAUAGGAAGCUUCUAUUACUUCCCUUCUCUGUCUUUUCACAAGGCUGCUGGUGGUUUUGGAGGGAUCAGAAUUCUCAGCAGGCCUCGUAUUCCUGUCCCCUUCCCUGACCCUGCUGCAGAUUUCACUCUUCUUAUUGGAGAUUGGUACAAAUCUGAUCAUGCGAGAUUGAGAAGAAUUUUGGACUACGGGAGAAUGCUGCCUUACCCGGAUGGAAUACUAAUCAACGGCCAUGGUACAAAUGGAAGUGCAGCAUCUUUCACAGUUGAACAAGGGAAAACUUACAGAUUCAGGAUAUCGAAUGUAGGACUACGUAAUUCACUCAACAUACGAUUCCAGGGUCACAAAAUGAAGUUGGUUGAAGUAGAAGGAACUCAUACCUUACAAACCACAUACUCAUCACUAGAUGUCCAUGUUGGUCAAUCCUACUCAGUGCUAGUCACUGCGGAUCAGCCAGCUCAGGACUUUUACAUCGCAGUUUCCACCCUCUUUGUCGCAUCUAAAGAUCUCCUCACCACCACAGGCAUCCUUCACUACUCCAAUUCUCAGAAACCUGUGUUUGGCCUGCCUCCUCCAGGUCCUACCAACCACAUACGUUGGUCGUUGAACCAGGCACGUUCCAUCAGGACUAAUCUGACUGCCAGCGGUCCAAGACCCAACCCACAAGGAUCAUACCAUUAUGGACUCAUCAACAUAAGCAGGACAGUGAAGCUAGUUAACAGACCAAGUCAGGUGAAUGGGAAGCAGAGAUAUGGUGUUAAUGGCGUUUCCUUCACUCCAUCAGAUACACCUCUUAAGCUUGCUGACUUCUUCAAGAUUGAUGGAGUCUUCCGUGUUGGAAGCAUACCUGACAAUGCAGAUGGACAUGAGCCUUUGCAUCUGGACACCUCUGUCAUGGGUGCUGAUUUCAGGUCAUUUCUGGAGAUUGUGUUUGAGAAUCAAGAAAAGACCAUUCAAUCUUGGCACCUGGAUGGAUAUGCCUUUUUCGUAGUUGGGAUGGAUGGGGGUACAUGGACUACUUCAUCCCGGACUCAAUACAACCUAGUCGAUGCUGUUUCGCGUUCAACCAUACAGGUAUAUCCGAGAUCUUGGACAGCAAUCUACGUAUCACUGGACAACGUAGGAAUGUGGAAUCUAAGAAGUGAGUACUGGGCACGACAGUACCUGGGACAGCAAUUUUACUUGAGAGUUUACUCUCCAGUCGAGUCUCCCAGAGAUGAAUACUCCAUUCCGAAAAAUGCUCUUCUCUGCGGCCGAGCUAGCGGCAGAACCAUACCACCUCCCGCUUAAUACAAAUUUUACAUAAUGAGAAAUCAGACAUACUCUUGAUUAUUUGAUUAAUUCUUGUCAUGCACCAGCAUUUCACAAGAAAUGACUUGCCUGUAACUACUUCACCAUGUCUCUGUAUCAUUGUUAAUGUAAUAAGCUACUUUCAUUUUUUAUGCA